AUGGUGCCCACCACCUUCAGAGAUGCGGUUGAAGCACCCAAGAUUGAAAUUGCCUUGACAAUCGUUUUGGGUAAGGACUACUUUCAACAGGUGGAAGAAUCUGGAGAAGGAAAUGAUGAUGACCUUGCUGAAUUCAUGCUGAAAACAAGACAGAAAGCCUUUGAUUGGAUUGUCAAUCAUGACCCAAUGCAAUUGGAGUACAAUGCUCCUAAUUUGGUGCAAAGGUUUCUUUUAGUUCUCUUCUACUUCCAAACCACAAGGCACAAGCCAUGGAAACAGUGCAAUCCACCUGCAGGGAGUGCAAUUUCUGGUCUCUGCUAUGAACCUCAUCAUUUGACUGGCGAGAUGACAGCAAACAUUUUGGGGGAUCAGUGGCUCUCUGCCAGUCAUGAGUGCCUCUGGGGUGGUGUAAGCUGUGAAACUGUGCAGUCAGUGGAUAGGACAGUUGUUGAGCUGCGUCAAUAUUGGAAUCAUCUCAAUGGCCCUCUUUCCUGGGAGAUCACAAGAUUGCCACAGUUGUGGAUUCUAGCGCUUCACUCCAACAUGCUGACUGGAGUACUGCCCCCAAGACUCUUCCCCAAUAAAGCAGGUUUUUCCCUGGAAUGUCUUGAUUUGUACUUGAAUCAGUUUUCUGGAACUAUUCCUGUAGAAUGGGUUGCAAACCUUCUUGAAGGAAAUGGAAAACUUGCCGAUCUUAACCUGCAUAGGAACACAUUGACAGGGAAAAUUCCAUCAGAGUUGGGUCUACUUCCUUUGAAAAGACUCAUCCUCACAAGCAACACUCUGACAGGUUCUAUUCCACGAGAAAUCUUCAGCCAACCUUCACAUGAAUGGCUCUUUUUUGGGGGAAAUGAUCUCACUGGAACAUUGCCAAGCGAAGUUGGACUUCUUACUAAUUUGCAAGUGCUGAACUUGAAUUACACACAGAUUUCUGGCUCCUUACCCUCAGAGAUUGGCCUGUCAAACCAGGUUGAUAGACUCAUUCUCUCUAACACCAACAUGCAAGGGACAAUUCCUGAAGAACUCUACACUGGACUUGACAAACUCCAGUUUUUCCACUUGGAUGGUUGCAACUUUACUGGGACCAUCAGCCCAUCACUGGGCCUCUUGACACGUCUCCAAGAGCUGCACCUAUCCAAGAACCACUUCCAUGGCACUAUUCCCAAUGAGAUUGAGGCAUUGACAGGACUAGCUGAACUUCUGGUGAAUGGGAAUGAUCUAUCUGGCACAUUUCCAGUCCCUUUUUGCCAGAAUGUUUAUACUGACGAAAAAUUAUCCAAGGUUGUGGCUGACUGUUUGCACAAUCCAGCAACCAGAGCUCCUGCAAUCCAGUGUGCUUGCUGCACAAGUUGUUGCGAUGAGACAGGACUUUGCUUUGCCACUUGA